AUGAGUGAUGAAAUUGCGAGAACUAGGUCUUCAAACUCGCCAGAUGUCCCUGGGCCGUUUGCAAGAGAAUAUACGCUUGAUCUUCCUCGUAUUCCAUCCCUUGAAUUACCACUAAAACUGUCUCCUACACAAGCGAGUGUCAAGAAAGCAAUUGAAAUGUGUGGUGGUCUAAAUAAGGUCAAAGCUGCGUUAUCUUUGCGUGGCGAGACAGAUGUGGGACUAGAAUUGUUUUUGAAUCAAGGAAGGAAUGAUGAUGGCAGUAAAAUUUACUUCAAUGAGCAUCCAAUUGUGGGCAAACGUGUACCACAACGUGAUGAAUCGAUUAUUAUGAAAAUAUCGUUACCGAAAGGUACUUUGGCUCGCAGUGGGGGGAAUCUAGCCAGGGCGAUUUCGUCGGUGGACCCACGAAAUGUGAAAGCCACUCCAGUUGCUAUAGUGGAUAAUACAAUUAAAUAUAGAGAAAUGUCUGACUUUCAAGUGAGGCUUGAUAAUUCAAGUUCUGCCAAGGACUUUAACAGCAGUUUUGGGACCCUUAACUUGUCGAAUAUAAAAACUUAUGUGAACAAUAUUCCUGAUUUUGACAGUAAGCCUUUCGAAAAUGUUAACAAUGUUACGGUUGAUCGAUCUGUACACUGUCCGGUUACCGACUUCCAGCUUCCUCCGAUUCCCAGGUUUUCAAUGGUCAAUUUGCCAUUUGUUUAUCAAUAUAAGAGUAAUCCGUACGCUACCAAAACUUCGUCAGGAGAAUCUAAAGUUAUGGGCACAUACAUAAAAAAUUACCAACAGUUUGUUCAUGAUUUUGCACCGGAAGUUGAUAUUCCUCACUUACCUCAUCCCGAGCUGGUACAACAGUACGAAGUGGCUAAAAAGACGAAAGUUUAUCCAGGAAGCAAAAGCGACUCCAAAUUUUAUGAGAAACUGGAAACUUGCUUACCGAUAUUAUCGAGAUUGUUUGAAAAACGACAUGUUUGGAUUAAAAGACAUAUAGAUGGUAUUGUGCCACAGGAUCUACAUCCUGUACUAAAGAUUGGAUUGGCCUUAGUAUCGUACCGUUUCACUAAGGGGCCAUGGCGUAACACAUACAUCAGAUUAGGUGUCGACCCUCGAUCAUCCAAUGAAUACGCAAAAUACCAAACGGAGUACUUUAAAAUUGAAAAAAGGCUAUUGAAGAAUCCUGCGGUUCAAAAAAAUGUGCCCGCUCCUCCUGACAGGUUUUACCAGUCGAAUAUUGAGGGCGACAUAGACUCCAGAUUCCGAUUUAAUGGCAAGCAAAUUCCUUGGUAUUUGAUGCUUCAAAUUGAUCUCCUCAUAGAGGAACCAAAUAUCCGGGAAGUCUAUGAGAAAGCUCAAUAUCUUGAUACCCCAAGCGAGCUUACGGGUUGGUUUGCUGAUCUAGAUCUUGCCAAGAUUCGUAAAAUCGUGAAGUAUGAACUGGGAUGCAUGGUGCAAGGCAACUAUGAAUUUAAUGAGCACAAGCUGAAGUACUUUAAAGUCAUGCUGCAUGUGAAGGAGUCUGAUAUGAACAAAGAUGCCGAAGGGGAUGUCAAUAUGGAUAGGGGUGAUGAAUCGAAGCAUAAUAUAGAUGACGAUGAUGACGAUAACGGCGUUGAAACCGGGGAAAUAGAUGAUCCAGUUCUAGAGGCCGAAGAGGACUAUGAUGAUGAAAAUAACGUUGUAGCAACGAAUAAUGGCGACGAUGACGAUGCAAGAGAUGAAUUUGACAUUAAAACUGCUUCUUUAGAUGAUAUUCUCGAUCGCAUAUCCAAAUACGAUCAGAAAACAGCAAAUUAUCUACAAAAACAUCUGGAUGGGUUUGUACAAGAAACUAAACUGUAA